GCACGGCAGAAACCGUGCGAGGGAUGAGACAGGCUAGGGCGCCGCGGCCGCUUCUCAAGUUGCUUCCCCCAGCCCCUUGCCUGGCUGGGGCGUCGCCGGGUCCCGGGAGCGCUGCGCUCCACCUCCCGAGGCGGCCCGGAAAGCCCCCGCGCUGUCGGUUGCCAACGCGGCUGCUCUCGGGAGGAGCCUCUCGGGCAUUUCCCCUCAGCGCACUGCAGGCUGCAGCCCCCAGCUGGGGGAUCUGUGGAAUUUAAGGAAUCCUUCUCUAAGAUAACUUUGCUGCUGUUCCGGACCUUCCUUCUCAGUAUUGUGAUGGUUUCAAUUGAAGUACAUUUCUGAAGAAACUGACCAGAAUAGGAGUCUUAUUUAUUUUUUUAAAAUGUUCAAAAUUCAGCAAUGUGUAACAGCUAACAGGAUACCCAGGAAAAGGCCAUAUAGAUGUGACAUCUGCUAUAAACAAUUUGAAACACCAUCAAAAUUAGCUAGGCAUUAUCUUAUACACACUGGUCAAAAGCCAUUUGAAUGUCAUGUAUGUCAUAAAACUUUUAGACAGCUAGUCCAUUUGGAAAGACAUCAGCUAACCCAUAAACUUCCUUUUAAAUGUAACAUUUGCCAUAGGAACUUCAAAAAUUUAAUUACUUUUUUAAAGCAUCAACAGCUUCAUAAUGAAAACUACCAGAGUGAUAUUAAGCAAGCUAAAAAAUCAUUGGAUGCCAAGCAAGAUAGGCAGUUGUAUGGAAUAUUUCAUUGUUCUGUUUGCCAGAAAUCUUUUACAACAGAAGAGCGGUGGAUGCUGCAUCAGUGCACAAAGUCAGAUCAUCUGCACAGUGCCAGGAGGAGAAAGAAAACUCAUAUGUGUGAAACAUGUAACAAGAUGUUUCCAUCACGAUCUAAGCUGGAAAGACACUUGCUGAUUCACACUGGCCAGAAACCUUUUAAAUGUUCCUUGUGUGGGAAAUCUUUCAGGCAGUCAACACAUUUGAAAAUCCAUCAGCUCACACACACAGAAGAGAGGCCUUUCCAGUGUUGUUUUUGUCAGAAGGGAUUUAAGAUGCAGAGCAAACUCCUGAAGCACAAGCAACUCCAUGUCAGAAAUAAAUCUCUUCCCAAAGUCCUUUACAGAGCAAAGCCUUCUAAAUACCCUAGACCUCAGAACUCACUGGAAGGAAAAAGGGAUAAUUUUGAGAAUGUUGAUACUUAUGAGCCCCUGGGGAAUAAUCCACUUGAUGUUCACUCUAUUUAUAUUGUACCUUUUCAGUGCCCAGUGUGCGAGCAGUGUUUUGAAACAGAGCGGCUUCUAAAUUUGCACAAAUGUUUUUACCUGAGAGAUGGCAAAAAUUCAAACAGUGGCAAAUCAGCCUACAGCCACAAAGCCAACAUUAAAAGUAAAGUCCUGAUGAAACUCAAACAUGCUGGAGAAAAGGCAUCAGAUUCAUCUCUGUCUGACAGAAAAAAAAAUAAAACAAGUCACUUUAAAAGUUAUGACCUGUUUGCAUCUAAUGAGCAGCAUUCUGAUUGGAAUGCUUCCCCUAAAACUUCUAAGAAUUAUCAUAGCAAGCUUGUCAGGCACAAGACAAUUAGUGAUAAGAAGAAAAGGACAUUUGUCAUGCCAUUUUCCUGGCAAGAGCACCUACAAAAGCACAAAUUAGAAAUUAAUUUAAAUGGUAUAAUUACUGGUGAAAGCAUGUUAAACAUGGAUGAUUCGGUUCAUAAUAAAGAUGACUCUCUUUAUGGUUCAUUGGAUGCUGAUUUCUUUGGUAAUCCAGAAGCAGCACUUCACUGUGCUUUUUCAGCUCCUCCUAAAAAUAUACAUAAUAGACACAAAGUGUGUAAAUGUGACAGAUGUGAAAAAAUCUUUCCUUCUUCAUCCAAACUUCAAAGACAUUAUCUUAUUCACACAGGACAGAAGCCCUUUGGUUGUAAAGUUUGUGGGAAGACAUUUAGACAGUCAGCUCACUUAAAAAGACAUCAGCUUACCCAUACUGAAAAGACGCCAUAUAAAAGCCCUGUUUGCCAGGUGGAAUUUGAAAAUCUGAACAAACUUUUUAGUCAUCAGGGAGAUGGCAUUGAAUUUGAGUCCUCUCAGCCUGUGGGUUAUUCCAAAAGACCUUCACAGGCAUCUGGCUUUCCAGAAUUUGAGCUGAUUCAGUCAAAUCAAGCAGGUGAAAUCAAGCUAGAGUCUGGGGACUUUGUUCUUGGCAUGAGCAGUAGAAACACACUGCCGUAUUUGUGUAGUAAGUCGUUGGAAAUGGAGCAAAGCCAUUACAGUCACUGGUAUGAUUUUUCUGGAGAUCAGGUAAUACAAGAGAAAAAGAAAGGAGUUGGAAAAGGAAGAAGUGGAGGAGAAAGCCCAGAGGGAAAAAUAACUUCCACAACAGUAACACGAGAUUGAGAUAAUACUUACCUGCUUUAAGAUCUAUGGAUGAAGAGUGCUAUGUAAGAGUUAGGUAUUGAACCUAUGCACAUUAAAAUAACAAAGUGUUCCUGAGUCAGUACAGUCCUCUUAACCUCAUUUGACUCUUCCAGUCUUGUUCUCUGCCUCUUCUAGCUUUUUGGGUCAGUCCACACAAUAUUCAAGUGUUGUUCUGCAAGAGAAGUGGAUGAGACUCUUAAUUAAGCCCUGGGUGGUGGUGGUGGGGUUUUUUGUUUUUGUUUUCCUCUUCUCAUGUAAUGAUAUCAUUAAUGUGUCCCCUUUCCACUCAGCCACCUUGUAUCCUUAGUUAUUCUGCCAGGCCAAAAUUCUGAGUAACAGCCUCCUUGUUUCCUGGUAGUGCACACUGCACAAGUUAAGGAAAUAUUCCUUAGGACAGGAUAAGAUGAUAACUGAAAACAACGUUGUCGGGAAGUCCUAUUCCUUUAUAACGUGACAGAAUGGGAUUGUAAAUGACAACUAGCUCCUAUUAAGUAAAUCCAUUUUUGUGUUAUUAAAAGCUGUAGUUACAGUAUGAAUUUUCUGGUAAGUGUUGGGAUAUGCCCACUUUUUCCCUUAUGCUGAAAGAAUGCAUAAGCAAAAAUAGUUAUGGACGUGCUGGGAAAGAGACUGAGAACUCGUAGAUAAGAAUGAAGUUAAGUUUUUUCCCCCCUCAGAAAGAAAAGCUGCCUGCUAAAGUGUAUCUUUGUUGUGUAACUUCUCAAUGCUUGAACCCUAAAGUUUCCAACUAACAGAAGAUUGGUGAGAUUCUUUUCAUUGUUUAAGUAGAUCCAGAUUUAUUUAAAUGAACUCUUUUUGACUUAUAUUUGCAGUCUUUCAAGUGAUUAACCUAAGUCUGACAAUGGCAUAAGCUAUAUAAUGUUUGGUAUGAAUGAAGUGAGGAUUUCCUCCUAUCUGGAGAUUGUCUGUCUCCCCUUAUGUGAGAGAGUAAAAAGUAGAAAAAUGGUCUUGCUGGUAUGAUCUCAUACUUGGCUAUUGGUUAUACUUUUAGACUUUUUUUUCUCCUCUCCUGUCCCUCCACCCACAUUCUGUCAGGUUGUUUUGUAUUGAAAGACAGAAUACCGUAAAAAGUGUUUUGAGGUGUGCUAUAGAGCUCUUUUGAAAUACCUGUAACAAAUCUUUUUAUUUAUGUAGUACUUUUAUUGUGCACUUCAUUUGAAGACUCUAGAGAUUUGAAGACUAACUGUGAAAUUUGAUAUGCAGAAGGUAAAAGAUUAGAUGUCACAGUAACCAACCAUUGCUGCAUGUUAGAACAAAUAGGAUUGUUUCUGAAACCAUUUUUUCUGCUUUACAAAAACAAUAAACUUUUCAAUACAUAUUUAUAAAGAA